AUGAUGCCAAAUGAAACGAAACAAGCUCUUUUGAACACAUUUGAUCGAUUCCCAGAUGUUACGUUCAUCUGGAAGUACGAAAAAGAGGAGCACCACAUCGCCGAUGGGCAUCCAAAUGUGAUCACCGACAAAUGGCUACCACAAACAGAUCUACUCGCACAUCCAAAUUUGGUGGCAUUUCUGACGCACGGUGGUAUGAAUAGUAUCACGGAGACGCUAAGUCGUGGAAAGCCUGUCAUCGUGGUACCUGUAUUUGGUGACCAGAUGCAUAAUGCUGUACUGGCAGAGCGAUCCGGUUUUGGCAUAAUGCUAUCAGUUUCGGAUUUUCAGGUAGAGAAGAAACUCAGCGAUGCGUUCGAGCAGAUUAUCAAUGAUAAGAGGUUCUCACAAAAAGCGGAGCGGCUAUCCAGAAUGAUAGCAAAAAGGCCGAAUUCAGCCACGGAGCAAUUGAUAAGGCACGUGGAAUUUGCUGCUGAAUUUGGCCAAAUACCGAACUUUGAUCCGUAUGGCAGAAAGAUGUCGUUCGUAUCGUACUUCAUGCUUGACAUCAUUAUACCAUUCAUAACAAUUUUGAUGCUUGUACUCGCUUUGCUUUGCUAUGCGUGCUAUAAGCUAUGCAGAAAACUUAUCCUAGGAAGGGAACCAGCUGGACAGUUUCGUAACCAGUUAACAAAUGAGCAAGGCUCAUUUCUUCAGUUUGUGAAGAGUCUCAAGAAUUCGCUGAGCUCCUGCAAAACUAUUACCACUUGGGACAGACAGCAUAUUUGCUCUGUUCCGUUGAAUGCAUAUAAAAUUUUGAUAUUCAAUCCACGUUUUGGCAAAAGCCAUGUGAGAUUCAUGGGCAACAUCGCUGACACACUGGUCGAAGCAGGACAUGAAGUGGUAUGUAAUUAG